AUGACGACAGCCACACCCGACCAAGCUCGGCUACGGGCCAAGUCUUUCGACGCCUUGAGCACGGCAAGCCGUCCACAGGCCCCCAAAUUCAUAUUUGACGCCCCUAGACCAAGUAGCUCAAGACGAAUAGCUAUGCCGCGUGCCACGUCGAUAUCCGAAAUACAGAAUACCGCUGCCCGUCUGACUGCCGCACGCGGCCGCCUAGAUGGCGGUGAACCGAACAACGCGGAGGACGGCUUAGAUAAUGUCGCCCGCGAGCAGACUGACAAAGAGGCUAUACGAGAACUUGGACAGUUCCUCCGCACUACUGGCCCUCGCCCUUCUCGGACUGAGGAUCCUCAUGACGAUCGUUGCUUUAGCAGGUCUCCGGAAGGUACCAACCGCCGCUGGUCUAUUCGCUCUCUGAGGAGAGGCGACAAGCGUCGGCCAAUAGCCACUACUCCAUCCAAUGACGCCGCCGUACUCAGGACAACGAUAGGUGGACACUCCUACAGAGCUAUCGCAGUCCCUUACGCUCCCUUUGACGGCCACCGUCGAACGUCGUCACUCCAAUACCGCAUGUCGGCCUUCCAAACACCGCACAUGCCUCCUGCCCACAACCGUGCCCCUUCGGUUGAUGGAAGGCAUUCAUCCGGCGAUAUCCGGAUCCCCCCUCGGGGAGCCAGCAACCGUGCCCCUUCGGUUGAUGGAAGGCAUUCAUCCGGCGAUAUCCGGAUUCCCCCUCGGGGAGCCAGCAACCGUUCUCCUUCGGUUGAUGGAAGGCAUUCAUCCGGCGAUAUCCAGAUUCCCCCUCGGGGAGCCAGCACUCGUUCGCGAAGCCGUUCGCAACUGUCAGCUAAAUCAUCCAAGGCUGGAGACAUUGCCGCCGUCAUUUCACGGUCUUCAUCGCGUGCCGAAAAAAAUUCCUACAAGGUGUCAGUCAGUGUGUCCACGGCUGAACCCGGUGUUCGGUCUUUCAUGCGCCUCAUGGAUCAGUGGCUCGAUGACCAGAAUCAAUCUCCGUCCACAGAGCAGGACGUCCAGAAAGCUCCGACAGGACCACAGCGGCCACUCAUCCACAGGGCGAAGCCCUCGGCCGCUACCCUUGCUCCUGUGUCAGAGCCAGGCGACGAGGACCAGCAGAGCAAUGAGGCGCUGUUUGUUACCUCCAUCAUCCCUGACUCUGAGCCAGAGCCUCCAGCAUUGUCUCCAUCAACAACAGCCAAGGGAACCCCCGAGGUUGGCUACGGGCUCCCCUUCACACCACCCCUUCGAUCCAACGAGCCCAGGUUCAAGGACGUCUCUGUUCACCACGAUGAAGACGGACAGGACUCUGCAGGAUUACUCUCGAGGACGCCUGAUUUGGGGAGUCAAAAAGAGUCGACAGCGGGCACCCGAACGCCGGGGCCGGGGGACGUGGCAGAGCCUAGUGGAAAUAACCUCAGGCAGCAAGGUAGGCGAGAAAGGGCCGGUCUCGACGAAAGCCAAUCUCCCCGACACUCCAUGACCAGCACGCUCGCGUCGUCACAGCAAUCGGUAUCGAUGAGUGAAAAUCAGAGCCAGUCGCUCAUGAGUGACACGUCAACGGCUACGGAAACCUUCACAAAGGAGAUCACUGGGCGGGGCGAUUUCACUACGGAGGACACGUCGGUGGCUGGUGACAAAUUUUCCGACUCGAAGAGAGCCUCGCUCAGAUCCACGGGAUCGGCAAGCACUGGCGGUAGCGGUACCACAGCAAGCCUUGCCGAACGGCGGAUGGCGCGUCGGGUACGGGUGCGCGAGAAGUUGCAACGGGACCUCGAUGCGACCAAGAACGCCAACCUCAGGAUCCAACGUCCUGGACCCACAGUCCCAGCUGCCGACUCACCGGUCCUUGGAUGGUUCCCCUCCAUGGGGCCUGAGGGAGCGUCAAACCCGCCUGGGAAGUCGCCUCUAGCUGGUACCCCAACGGGUCCGGGAGAAGAGCGGAGAGGCGGGCUUAUGCCAAAGCCAUUGGAGGAAGAGCCAUCGUCAGACCUACCUCCUUGCUGUAACUCCUCGGCUCAGGAGGUCACAGCCCAGAUCCCCGAGACGGUCCAGGAAGUGACAUCCCCCGCGUCACCGUCGACGCCUAAGCCAACCAAGCGCCUGACGCUGUCGCCUAUUAUAGUGCAGGAGACGAAGCCUGAGGCCAUUCCGACUCCAUCCCUAGCCAUGUCGCCCAUAAUGGUGGUGGCCAGCAUAGAACCGCCUCAGUCUCCGUCAUUGCCACUGUCGUCCUCAAGCCUACGCCCCCUGUCGCUACUAGCUAUCGGGACAGCCCCCAAUGUCCCACCGCGCUCCACGCUCCGGGCCGACACCAACAUCAGCCUGAAGCGAUACAGCACGCCAGCCGUGCCGAGCCCCCUCAUGUCGCCCGAGGCGGCGACCCCACGUAUGAGCAUGCACCUGUCUAGGACCAUCAAGUCCAACUCAGCCCCGCCUUCGUCGACGAACAACUCGUCCGGCAGUGCUGAGCAUCGUCGCAAGUUCUCCCAGAGCCAGCUCGACCAGGAGACGUACUGGCUGAGCCAGCAUCGACGUGAGACGGCCGAGGAGUGGCGCACCGAUGCCCUCCGGGAACGUUCAAGGCGCGAGGGCAACAGCCGCCUCAGCUGCUAUAGUAGCCAAAGUCAGACUACCCGUGGCGCUGGAGACGAUGAAUCCGACACGUCGGAAGCGGCUGACAAGUAUCGCAGCAGCAGCCUGCGUGCCCUCAAUGCCAAUGCCAGUCACAUGGUCGCCAUGGACCAGGAGGUCGGGCUCAACCAUGCUGAGCGUCGUCUGCUGCGCAUCCUGCUUCCACUGCUCGAGAGCAUGGACGCCACGCUCAAGGACAUGAGGAAGGACAGUAGCGACGGUGGUCUGUCGUCGAAGCUCGUCGAGUCUGCCAAAGCGAUCGUGGAAGCUGGGGAGGAGUCUGCUGACGACGACAGUCCCACGGCGCAGGUUGAUAGAGCUUCUGAACUGUCUUUGGCCCUCGAGUCUGCCAGGGCACUUGCCGAGCACACCACGGCGCUGACCCACGCGGAAGCCAACAUUGCUUCGUUAACCAUGGAUUCUGCCGAGGAAGUCACCACCAUCAAGGAGAAACGCAGUAACGCUACGGCGCUCGGCACCGAGUCUUACACCCUUGAGUCUGCCAAGGCACUUGCCGACACCAUGGCGGCGGAGCUUUCCAGGUCGGAAGAAACCACGGAGUCAACAAACCACGAGGAACUCGCCGCUGACGCUAUGGCUCAGUAA